CCAGCUUUAAAGUAAAAACAAAUCUGAUUCUAGACAUAAUUUUGAACUAUAAACAACCUUAAUCUGAGAAAAAUGUCUGUUUACACUUUCAAAAGAUGUUAAAUUGGUAAAGGCAGACUUGUGUCUUGUCCUUGACUGGAGAUUAGAAGGUGCUUGAAGCCAAAUUCAUCCCUUAUUACCAAAAUAUCCUUGCCUGUAACUCAGAUUUUAGGUUUUGCUUUCCCAAGUAACAAAAAUGAAAACAGGCGGGGCCCAUUUAGGGCUCAGUGGAUGCAAAACCUGGCAAAGUUUGUAGUGGAUAUUUCCUUUUCAGUCACAGCCUCGACUGUGAAUCGGAUAAAUAUAAUGUUGUUUGGAAAAGUUUCACUUCAGGCUUCGUCUGUCACUGCAUCAGUGAAAAAACUUGCUGUUGUACCUCCAGAGCCUCCCUCAGUAGGGUCCCCCUUUUGGUUUUGUUUCUCAGAAUCACUCAGCAAAACCUAACCGGUCUUAAAACUCCACCUAAAAACCACAGAAUCAAUGCUGAGUGAUGCUUCUAACAUCUUGUCAAGAGGUGCAUUAUGUCCACUUAAAGACAGUAAAGACUCCAAAGUGUCCAAGUAGAGACAAUAAAGACCCUUGUGUGUCUGCAUAGAGAUAAUAAAGACUCCAUAGUGUUAAAGUAGACGACAAAGACUCUCUGGUGUCCACAAAUAGAGGACUCUUGCGGAUCUACAUUGAGACAUUGAGACUUUCCAUGUAGUCAAUAAGGACCCCAAAGUGUCCAUGUAGAGAUGAUAAAGACCCCAUAGUGUCCAUGUGGAGACAAUAAAGACUCUAAAGUGUUGAUGCACAGAAGGUAUCAACUCUCUACGAUGUCCAUGCAGACAAUAAAUACUUCCUGGUGUCCACAUAGAGACAGUAAAGACUCCAGAGUGUCCACAUAGGCGAUAAAGACACCGAUAGGAAUGUUAAAGAUUCCAAAGUGUCCACUUAAAGACUCUACGAUACCCAUGUUAACAUAAUCAAGUGUCCCAGGUGUCCAUGUAAACAUAACAAAGACUCCAAAGUGUCCAUAUUGAUGAUAUAGACACCUUAGUGUCCAUGUAGAGACGGUAAAGACUCCAAAGUGUCCAUAUAGAGACAAUAAAGACACUUGUGUGUAUAUGUAGUGAUAAUAAAGACCCCAAAGUGUCCACAAAUAGACAAUAGAGACUCCAAGGUGUCAUCAUAGAGUCGAUGUAGACUCCAAAAUGUCCAAGUAGAAACAAUAUAGACUCUCGGGUAUCUACGAUGAGAUAAUAAAGACUCCCAACUGUCCAUGUAGAGAUGAUAAAGACUCUGUGUCCAUGAAGAGACGAUAACAGGUUUUGAGAAACACCAAUCAAUGUUUCUUACCAUUUCUUACAUCUGAUAACCCAAACAAGUAGCCGAUUAAUCAAGAAACUAUUCGACAUAACUCCUACUUGUAACCUAAUCACUUAAAAGACUUCGGGUACUCCAUUGGUACUCCAUUUUAGUAGGCCCAAAGUGUUCCAAACUCCCUGGAACCCAACCGGAACCAGCGUCCAUAGUGGUUUUAGUGUUUUGAUUUUCUUGAUAUUUACACUAUUUCUGAUUCUAUCUGUACCUGGCUGCUGCAGAGAUUUCAAAUGUUUCUUUUCAUUACUUUCUGUUAGAAUACCUUCACUCAGAGAUUUACUGUAUUAAUGUCCUGCAAAACAAGGACUUGCAACUAAAAGUGUAAAGUUGCAGACUAACCUGGUGGCACAAAGCAUCCAGUUUGACAGGUUAAUGUGACAGAACCACAGGAAAUGCACUCGUUGGUUUUGCUUUCCUGAUGUAAUGGAGAACAGAUGGGGCCAGUCAGGGGGCAUGCAGACCCCCAGGAAACAAUUCAGCAUUCAAAAACACAGUGAUUCCAGACAUACUGUAGAUGGGAUUGAAAUUAUAAUGGUGAACAAAGGAAAAUAUGGGUCUGGACAUGUUUUGUUUUUAGUUUUUUUUUGUGAAAAAGUGGUUAUUAAAGAGUCUUUACUUCCAAUAACCUGUCACUGAUAGUGGCCUCUAGCUGCUGUUCAUCCAGAGCCCCCCUCACUGGUCCCUCUUUCUGUGUUCAGCUGAGUUUUACUUUCGUUUUCCAGUUUCCACGUCACUCAGCUGAUCACAACAGCGUUUAAAACCCCUCCUCUGCUCUGUGUGGUGUUAGUGGACGAGGAGAAGCUGGAAACGCAACACUGAUCUGUUUUCACUGCCGAGAGGUAUCUGUGCAACUCUGCUGUGUUACUGAGCAGGAUGGCGGAGUUUCAGCUGUUUGCAUACCAGGAAGAAGUGGUUGAAAGGGCUGUCAAGGGAGAAAAUAUUAUUAUUUGGCUGCCAACUGGAGGUGGAAAGACUCGUGCUGCAGUGUACGUGGCCAAAAAACACCUGGAGACCACGAAAAAUGCCAAAGUGGUGGUUCUGGUGAACAAGGUUCACCUUGUGGACCAACAUUACAGCAAAGAGUUCCAGCCUCACCUGGGUAAUAAAUACUCUGUGAUGCCGGUUAGCGGUGAGAGCGAGGAGAAGGAUUUCUUCGGGAUAGUGAUGCAGGAAAAAGACGUGGUCAUCUGCACAGCUCAGAUCUUAUACAACGCUCUGAUCCACGCGGAGGAGGCAAAACAUGUGGAGCUCUCAGAUAUCACUCUGCUGAUCAUCGACGAGUGCCACCACACCCAAAAGGAGUCGGUCUACAACAAAGUGAUGAGAUGCUACGUGGAGAAGAAGCUGAAAGGCGAGCGACCGCUGCCUCAGAUCCUUGGAUUGACGGCGUCUCCGGGGACGGGAGGCGAGAAGAUCCUGGAUAAAGCUGUGGAGCACGUCCUGCAGAUUUGCGCCAACUUGGACUCGGCCAUAGUUUCAGCAAAAAACUUUGCGCCUGAACUGGAGCAGAAGGUCCCCAGACCCAUCAAGACCUUUGACAUUGUGGAGAAAAGAAUUCUGGAUCCGUUCGGGGAGCACGUGAAGUCGAUGAUGGAGAUGAUUCAUGGCUUCAUGAACCUUCCUCCAGAUGUCAGGCUCAGAGAAUGUGGCACUCAGGAAUACGAGGCAGAUGUGGUGAUUCUGGAGCAGCGAGGAGUCAGAGAGAGCAACAGGAUGCUAGCUCAGUGUGCGAUCCACCUCCGACAGUACAACGACGCCCUGCUGAUCAACGACACCCUGAGAAUGAUGGAUGCUUAUCGAUCCCUGGAGGAUUUCUACACCACAAAAUCCAGCGCCGCCAUCGAUGGAACCGACUUCUUCCUGGUGGGGCUCUUCGAAGAGAACCAGGUGGAGCUGAGGAAACUCGCUAUGGAUGCUCGGUUUGAGAACCCAAAGAUGGCCAAACUUGAGAGCACUCUGCUGAAGCAGUUCGGUCCGGACGUCCAGUCCAGGGGAAUCCUCUUCUCUAAAACCCGUAAAAGCACCCACUGCCUCAAUGACUGGGUCCUCAAAAACAGGGCCUUACAGGAAGCUGGCAUCAAGGCAGCGAUCCUCACUGGGGCUGGCAGCGGCAUCACCUACAUGACUCAGAACGAGCAAGCAGACACAAUCCGAAAUUUCCGGAAGGGUUCUCUGAACCUCCUGAUAUCCACCAGCGUGGCUGAAGAAGGCCUCGACAUCCCAGAAUGCAACCUGGUGGUUCGCUACGGACUGCUGACCAAUGAGAUCGCCCAGCAGCAGGCCAGUGGACGAGCCCGAGCCAGAGACAGCCAGUACUCGGUUGUUGCCCAGGAAGGAGGAAAAGAAGUCCGCAGGGAGCGCAUCAACGAAUAUCUGGAGGAGCUGACCGGAAAAGCCAUCGAUGUAGUCCAAAAAAUGGGCCCCCAGGAGUUCCGCACAAAGAUAGGAGAACUUCAAACAGAAGCAGCCCUUCGCAGUAAAUUUGCAGAAAGAUGCAAAACAGAAAAGAGGAGUCGCUACUCGGCUUCCAGGGUCCAGCUAUUGUGUCGAAACUGUUUUGCUCCAGUGGCAUCAGGCAACGACAUGAAACUUGUCGACAACGCUCACUACGUCAACGUCAAUUCGGAGUUUAAGAAUCACUACAAACUUGGUGCUCAGGUGGUACUGAAGAGGAAUUUUGAAGACUGGGAGCCUGGACACAGGAUCAUCUGCAACAAUGGCAACUGCAACAUGGACUGGGGAUAUGAGAUUAAGUACAAGAAGAGCGCCUUGCUACCAAACAUAGCCAUUAAGAACUUUGCCCUGGAGACGCCUGACGGCAGGAUGACGGUGAAGCAGUGGAAGGACAUUCCUUUCACUGUCGACGACUUCAGCUUCACAGAAUACUGCGAAGAAAACUUCCCCGACUUGUUCGACUGAGGAGAGCUCUGUGGGGGAUCACUUUAUUAUUGGAGGUGCUUAAAUACAAGCUUUUCAGCACAAAAAAACCCCAUCCCUUUUCACACAUGCUCGGCCACGUUUGCGCUGGGAGCAGCGUGCUGAAACCCAUUAGGCAUCGAUCAUGCUUGAAAUUAGCAUGACAGCUUUGUUUAUGCCCAAGGUCUGAGCCUCUUUGCAUGUUUUUCUGCGUCGGCUGCAUCUCACGUCAAGCACAGAAGCAGGAGGCAGAAAAUGAACUCUGCUACAGCAUUGCACUUUAACAAUUAUGAAUUUUUGACACGCCAUUUUUAGAGAAUAUGCAGUACUAAGAGCACAUGUACUAUGAUGAUAUUGUGUGUAAUUAUUCACAUGCUUACAGAAGCCUGAUUUUAAUUGAAGUUUUACAUCCUCCUCUUUAUUAUAUUUAGUUUUAUUGAUGUUUGAGUGUAAGUUUGAUGUUGAUGUAUGAGAUUUUUAAACUACAUAUGAAAUGAAAUAAACACUCCUGAAAUGA